UAGUACAUGACUGAAAUAAGUCAUUUCAGAUGUACAGUAUUGUUCCACUUGCCGCAAGUCUUCCAUCGAAUUGUCUCGACUCUGAAGGUCGUUCUCCUGAAAUCCCCCAAAUAUACGAGUCUAAAAGAUUGAUUUCCCGUCUGUCCAACAGCACCUGAAUGCAGCCGCAUACAAGGAAUGUUGUAAUUUAUCAAAACUUUUUGUUUUGACUUCAGAAGCCUGCGACGGAACCGGAAAUGGCGUGAAAAGUGAUGUUAUUGUUUAGUAGUUGUUAGGCACAGUAGUCUUUCUCCUGUGUUUCAUUUUUUUGUUUUUUUCUUUUUUCAAGACGGGAAAUAAACAGAAAACCCUAACUAUGAUAGUCGUUACUGCUUUUUACGUUUUAUUCUGAACAAAUCUCCUGCAAUGAAUCAAGCGAAAUGCCACUUUCUUGCUACAUCUGCAUUUCUGUGGCUGAAAUGCGGAAGCAAGUCACCUGAUUUACCACGAAAAGCAAAACAGUUUAAUGAUUAGAUAGAGCGAACCUGAAAAACGCCAGACAGAGGUUUCUCGAAUUGUUUGAGACAACGGCUUUCGUGGCGAUCGUUAGAGAUUGACUGAAGAGUAGUCUGACAAGCUUGUGUGGCACUUCUUCAUCCUGAUCAACAUAAUGCCCUUGAGUAUAGUGUCCUGGAGUAUCGGGUUAUUCUCCAAUAAAUCUAACGACAACUUCACCUCAUUGUGUCCAAAUGGUUCUGUGUGGAUAUGGGAAGGUUUGAAGGAGUGCGCAGUGGAUGGCAGAGAUAUGGCCAGCGUUUACCUGGGACUGCUGUCCAUAGUCUGUUUCAUGUUUUCAUCAAUUCCGCAAUACUACAGGUCCUGGAAAAGUAAAAAUAUGGAUGAGGCUCUGUCAAUCUGGUUCUUACUAGGUUGGCUGGGAGGAGAUUCCUGUAAUCUGAUUGGUUCAUUCCUUGCAGAUCAGCUUCCCCUUCAGGUAUAUACUGCAGUGUACUAUGUUGUAGCAGACCUUUUAAUGCUGGCACUUUAUCUUUACUUCUCUAAAAUGCGGAAUAAAGCAACACAGAGUGGCAAUUCAGUAAAUUCAGUUGCUGUGAUUUUGCUUAUUGGGGGAUCAGCCUCAUUCUUCCUUUUCCAAGGAAAUGACUUUUAUCCUGAUGUGCCCUCAACGUUUAGAGGGCGUACUUUACUAACUGUUUCUGCAGACCACAGUAAGGAAUUCACUAAAAAACAGAUCAUUGGCUUCACGAUUGGCUCAUUUUCCUCCUUGCUGUAUCUUUGUUCCCGUAUACCUCAAAUCUACACUAAUUUUAAGAGAAAGUCAACUAAAGGUUUGUCCUACUUCUUAAUUGCACUGGUAAUCCUGGGGAAUGCAACCUACGGAGUAAGUGUUCUCUUGAAAAACCCAGACCGUGGGCAGACAGAAGGAGACUACGUUGUCCACCAUAUUCCAUGGCUGAUUGGCAGUCUUGGGACCCUCAGCCUAGACUUGAUAAUAUCUGCACAAUUCUUGAUGUACCGCAACCAAACUACAGACGAUGAGCAGACAUCUAGCCUUCUCGACAAAGACCACAGUUCUCGUACUUGAACAGUGAAGUAGCAAUGUUUAGUUUUCACUUAUCUGAUUUAGGUGCUGUAAUGGCUUAAAAUGCCAUCAUAUGUAAGUUGUUUUUUUUAAGGGACUGACUCUUAAACUUUUUUAAGCUGAUGGAACAAACAAGGGACACUUGUUGAAAUGUCAUUGCAGAAAUCAGAAAAUUUUAUGCUUGAAAUUGGGCAAAAAAAAAUCACUUUAGUAGGAAUGUACCAAUUUUAAAAA